AUGCACCGGAUUCACUCGUGGGCGAAAGCUCACGCAUCUUCUCGCGGCCUGACAGAUCAGUCCUCCUCCCAACAGGCCGCCGAACCUACCGAAAAACCUCCUCCUGAAAAUGGACAAGUGAAUGUCCCCGUGGAGGACCCUACUCCAGGGUCCGACACUGAACCGAACUCAAAGCCGGGUCUUCUGAUUCGCAUGCGAAAUGGAUCCGGCCGGUUUUACAACCACACCAAGGAUGCCCUGUGCCACAGCUGGGUGAAUGUCCUGCUGGUCUUCGUGCCAGUCGGCAUCGUCGUUGAGGCCAUCGGCCUCGACCCAGCCAUCGUCUUCGCGAUGAACGCAGUGGCCAUCAUCCCUCUGGCAGGACUGCUCAGUCAUGCCACUGAGAGUGUCGCCAGCCGUCUAGGUGAUACAAUCGGAGCUCUGAUCAACGUGACCUUCGGAAACGCAGUAGAGUUGAUCAUCUUCAUCAUUGCCCUGGUCAAGAAUGAGAUUCGUAUCGUCCAAGCUUCACUGCUUGGCUCCAUCCUGGCGAACUUGUUAUUGAUCAUGGGUAUGGCGUUUCUGUCUGGUGGUCUUCGCUUCCAAGAACAGAUUUACAACAGCACUGUGACCCAAAUGAGUGCUUGUCUUCUCAGUUUGAGUGUGAUGAGUCUUCUCUUGCCCACUGCUUUCCACGCAUCGUGGUCCGAUAGUGGCGACGCCGAUCGUGAGACCCUCAAGGUCAGCCGAGGCACAAGUGUUGUUUUGCUACUGGUGUACAUUCUGUACAUCGUCUUCCAGCUCAAGUCACAUUCAUAUCUCUACGCCAGCAUUCCCCAGGCUAUCAUUGACGAGGAAUCCCACCCCGGUGUUCUUGCAGAGUUCAUGAACAGCUCUUCGGAAUCCUCGUCCAGUUCCAGUGAUGAAUCAGACGACACUACGACAUCAUGGACCACGGCCAAGCGCAUCAAGAGAGCUAUGAAGUAUCGCAGACAUCGGAAGUCGAGCACCAGCUCCAAGGGCACGACCUCUCGCGAGUCCUUCAAGAAGAAGGCUAUGGCAUCCACGUCUGCCGAAAACCAAAGCUCUAUCGGCAAUUCGAUCGCUAGCAACGAGCAUGCCAUUGAACUUGGUGACGAAGUUAACUAUGAUGCCGACCAAGAUGUGCAGGAGUCUGCCAUUCGCUCCCGGGAUUUCGGUAUCGCUCUUGACCGUAUGGAUAGUGCUGGAAGCCACAAGUCGAAGAGUGACCGCAAGAAGCGCAGGGCACUCAAGGAACAGCGCAAGGCAGAGAGGAAGGCCGAGCGGAGGGCACAGAAAGAGGCAGUCCAAGGUGCUCCUUCCAAGGCACCUCAGCAGAACAUGAAGGGCUUCUCGUCCGCCCCUACAUUCGCUGGUGCUGACGGUGCUGGAGAGGAUCCUCAGAAGCGUCGUUCUCCCUUCGGACCGAUUCCUUCCCUGCUUUCCAAUACUGUCUUUAGCUCUCAGUCGCCAGCCAUGUCUCCUCGUGUCGGAGCUAGUCGCCCUGGUCUGUCUAGAAGUAACUCGCUACCUGCUCAUAUCAGUCGUCCUCCUCCAGCCGGAAAUGCGGUUCAAUUCGCUCGUGGUGCCUCUCGCCUCACCGACCCUGUUGAAACCCCUCCACAGGACGCAGCAGUCCAGCCCCAGGAGCCUGCAAUGUCCAGAACUGCGGCUGUUGUUAUGCUUUUGUUGUCCACCGGCUUGGUCGCUGUUUGUGCCGAGUUCUUGGUCGAUGCUAUUCCCGACAUGAUUGCCAGCUCCAACGUCAGCGAGGCUUUCAUCGGUCUCAUUAUUUUGCCGAUCGUAGGCAAUGCAGCGGAGCACGUUACCGCUGUCAGUGUCGCAACAAAGAACAAGAUGGACCUGUCAAUCGGUGUUUCGGUUGGUAGCAGUAUUCAAAUCGCUAUCUUUGUGACUCCCCUGGUUGUUAUUAUCGGAUGGUGCAUGGACAAGGACAUGUCUCUCUACUUCACUCUGUUUGAGACCAUCUGUCUGUUUGUCACUACCUUUGUGGUCAACUUCCUAGUUUUGGACGGCCGAAGCAACUAUCUUGAAGGUGUGCUGCUGGUGGCCGCCUACAUCAUUAUCGCCCUGGCUGCUUUCUUUUAUCCAGACAGUGAUGCCGCCAGCACCAUCGCCGGCUAG